AAACCAAACCGAACAAAAAAACAGAAAAAGAGGAGAGAAAUAACAGUUUGAAAGGUUGUCCGAGAAGUACUGCGCUGCGUCGUACCCUCUUCGAAACGGAAAAAAAGUCCUGCGGGUAUACACGCAAGUCGGCAAACUCUCACCCCCUCCCCCGCGAACAACCACUGCACUGCAGUGUCCACCGUCCACCGCUCACCACUGCACCGCACCACCAAGGCAAUCCAAGCAGUAUAGAGCAUAUAAUGACUGAAGAACGAAGAGCGCAUCCAAAUUGCAGAAAUGCAUCAAACCUUUAUCAUGAAUGUAAUGAUUAUUGCUUUAAAGUAAUUGCUGAAGCAAUGGCGCGGAAUGAUGCAAAAGAACAAGAAGUAAGUCGAGCUACAUUUUCUGAUCAGGCUGAAGAUCUGCAUGAUGAAAUAGAUGAUCUUCAAGAGCAUCAGAAUGGGGACAGUGACAAUGUUGUUGAAAAGAAUCCUGAAGUUGAUUUCUCUAACCUCUCCGGGAGACAGAAAAAAUUGUUUGAGUUGAAGCUAAAAUUGAAUGAGGCAAAAAAAGCCAAUCAAAUGGCCAUGGUGGCGGAGAAGAAAAGGAUGGAAGGUCCAACAGAGUCUAGGGGUGUCUCUAAAGAGAAGUGGAUUGAGGAGAGGAAGAAAAAAAUUGGCAAGCUUUUGGAUGCUAAUGGUUUGGAUAUGACUAAAGCAUAUAUGUUAGACACAGAAGAGAUGGCAGAGGCUAAGUACAAGAAAUGGGAAAAAGAGCCUGCUCCAUAUGGCUGGGAUGUUUUUAAUCAGAAAACAUUGUACAAUGCUUACAAGAAAAGGACAAAGAACGUUGAGAUUGACAUUGAAGAGUACAAUAGAAUGAAAGAAGCUGAUCCAGAAUUCUACAGAGAAGCUUCAAGCCUUCAAUAUGGAAAGGCCCCGAAAACUUCAGAUGACAAGAUAGAAAAGAUGGUGAAGGAGCUCAAGGAGAGAGAUGAGAAGCGCAACUCAUUCAGCCGGAGGAGGAGGUUCCGUGAUGAGAAAGAUAUUGACUCGAUCAAUGACCGUAAUGAGCAUUUCAAUAAGAAGAUUGAGCGAGCCUUUGGUAAAUACACAUUGGAGAUCAAGAAUAAUCUCGAGAGAGGAACUGCUUUGCCUGACUAAGGUACUUGAAGAUACAGUGCCACAUCUUUAACUCGUCCAUUUUAAGCAUGUUAGUCAUCUUUCAAAAUGUGUAAUGUGCCUUUGUUUUGUCUGCAAUUCUAGAAAUGUAAUUGGAUGGGAGAGAUGUGCAUAUUUUGUGAAAAUUCCAUUUCAUGUAUUUGUUGCACAUGUUGACCGACUUGUGUUUGGUUUUUUUUAGCAUCCAUAAUCGUGUUUAUUUCUCUUUCAUCUUGUAUUCUUGGCGUCGACUACUACUCAUAUGGUUGUGCUUCAGUGGUGGUAAAUAGAUUAUUUGCCUAUGUUCAUAAUUUUCAGAGCAGGUACUUGAAUUGAUUCUCCCCCGUUGUUUCCUUUCAUUCCUAAGCUCUCUUCCUGCCAAUCUUUGUGAUCCGAGAAAAAAAUUGAAGUUUAACUCUGUUGUUUAGAUCUGAAGAUUGAAGUGUGUUAAAAUUCUGAACCCAGGAGACAUAAUUAAAUGAAGUUCGUUUAUUUUCCUCGAGUGAUAAGAUCUUGAUGCAUGCAAUUGUAGCACUUAUUAGCAUCACAAUCUGUUCGCACCCUGUUCGUUUUAUUCUGAUUUGUUGUAAGGCUUUCUUGCAGGUACUUCUGUAGCUUCUGAUUAUAUACAAAAUGGUGGAGUUUGGUUAAAGUAUCACUCUCUCAUCCUUCAGACAAUCGGAGGGAUGCUGUAUUUGCUGGGAUGAGUACUCUUUCUGAUUUGAUUCUGUAUGUUAAGUUGUAAACCUAAUACUGCAACACAUCUAGUUUUGUCACUGGAAGGUGGUGGGGGUUUCCAUUUGCCCAUAGAAUUGAAACUUGUUUAAAGGCUGUUUAAGCUCUAAAAUUUCAUUUCCGCUCGUUUUCUUUUUCGUAUUAUGGUCAGUUUUGCAUUUAAAUCUUAUCGGUGUGUAGUUCAUUCCUGUACUUGAGGACUCCGAAUUUCCAUAAAUUUGCAUCGCCAACGGUACUCGAUUUGAUUCAA